CUAGACUCCGGAGAGCAGGGCCCCCGCCACAGGCGCGCUCGCCCGGGUCUGGCUUCUGCCCGCACCCCGAGUGCCCGCGAUCGAUGGACGGCGAGGUCUCGGCGGGCCGGCUCUGAGCCCGGCCGCUCCCGACAUCGCAGCUGCGUCCGGCGCUGAGAAGCCCCGGGUCCCUCGGGCCCGCGCCGCCCGUACCGUCGCCCCGGCCUGCCGAUGGCGUCCGCUGCCAGCCCCGGGACCCGCUGACCCCCCCCCCCCCCCCGGACUCGCCCCGCCCCCAUGGGGCCGCGUGGCCCAGGCCCCGCGCGCCACGGGCCGCCCACCCCGGCUGCUGGACUCCGCUUUCCUCUCGCUCCUCGGUGACCUGGAGCCAGCGCCGGGCCCCGGGGUGUUGGCCGCCCCCCGUUGGAUGCUCAAGGGGCUUCACAGACGCCGCCGCCGCGCUGGACCCCGCGGGCAGCCCCGUUCACUUUGGGCCUUUGGGACUCUUUUAAGUCCCCUCCCCCCCCCCGCCCCGAAGCUUUGGUUUUUUGUCCCCUUUCCCCCCUUUUAUAAUCACCAGCUCUGACACAGGAGCUUGAAACUGCCAGUUUGCUGGGGGGUGGGGCGGUGCUGCUGUGUUCCUUCUCCGGUUUGAUUUGAUUUAGGGGGUGUUUUCUUUUGAUGACCUGAGCGCACGGGGCAGCUGCUUCUCUCCUCUGCCAGGAAUUUGCACAAUAUUUGUGUGUGUGUGGGGGGGGGGUUGGGGAUGAGAUUGUAACAAAAGUCAUCCUUUUGGUUUUGCCUUCGGACAAGCACGGGGGUCUCCUUCGCCUCCGUGUGGGGGUCAGGAGGGGCUUUGCGGGUCGGGGUCCCUGCCUGUGUGCAGCCCCCGGCCGGCCGGCCUCCUGCCCGGCGGGAGGAGGCAUGGCCCGAAUGAACCGCCCCGCCCCGGUGGAGGUGAGCUACCGGAACAUGCGCUUCCUCAUCACGCACAACCCCACCAACGCCACGCUCAGCACCUUCAUCGAGGACCUGAAGAAGUAUGGGGCCACCACCGUGGUGCGCGUGUGCGAAGUGACCUACGACAAGGCCCCGCUGGAGAGAGACGGCAUCACCGUGGUGGACUGGCCCUUUGAUGACGGGGCACCCCCGCCCGGCAAGGUGGUGGAGGACUGGCUGAGCCUGCUGAAGGCCAAGUUCUGCGACGACCCAGGCAGCUGCGUGGCCGUGCACUGCGUGGCGGGUCUGGGGAGGGCUCCGGUCCUGGUGGCGCUGGCCCUCAUCGAAAGUGGGAUGAAGUAUGAAGAUGCAAUCCAGUUCAUCCGGCAGAAACGCCGCGGGGCCAUCAACAGUAAGCAGCUCACCUACCUGGAGAAGUACCGGCCCAAGCAGAGGCUGCGGUUCAAAGACCCGCACGCACACAAGACCAAAUGCUGUGUGAUGUAGCCCGGGCCGCGGGUGGGGAGGGGGGGACGCGGGGGGGGGGCGCCGGCCGGGCCGGGCGCUGUCAGGGCGGCGCCCAGCGAAGGCGCCUGCGUCCCAGGAGGCCGUGGCGGUCCCAGCUCCUCCACCCGCGUGCCCGGCGCCCAGGGCUGCCUCGCUGAGGCCGGGGUGGGGCGGGCGGGGGGCUCCGCCCUGGACUUGUGGGCCCGCCCCCGGCAGCAGGCGGCCCCCUUCAGCCCGCGUGUGGGGGUGUGUGUGUCUUUUUUAACCACUGGACGCUCCCUGUUUGGUGACCCCCUCCUCUGCCCUCGUUAUCAGAUCCCGGGGUGUCAGAUGCUCUGGACGUUUGAAGGCAAUAAAAUGGGAGCGGUG